AUGAAUAAUUGUAAUAAUAGUAAUAGUAAUAGUAAUAGUAAUAAUAAUAAUAAUAAUAAUAAUAAUAAUAAUAAUAAUAAUAAUAAUAAUAAUAAUAAUAAUAAUAAUAAUAAUAAUAAUAAUAAUAAUAAUAAUAAUAACCAUAUAUUAAAAAUAAAGCAAAAAAUUAGAGUUAAAAAAACAAUAACAAGAAAUAAAAGUAAAACCAAGAAUAACAUAAGUAAUAAUGAAAGGUUGUUUUGGAAAGUGUUCAGAAACAAAUAUUUAUUUUAUUUGAUAAUUGAUAAUCUAUCAACAUAUAAACAAUUUAGGUGUAAUGUUUAUAAAUAUAAUGAAAUAAUCUCUGUAAAAUGGAUGAUUGAAAAUCAAUACCUUGCUUUAUUAAAAUAUA